GGAUAACGGGGUGGAGGAGUGAGCAGAGGGACUCUUGUCUGAGCAGGGAAUUCCUUGGGAAUGCAGGAAUCCUUGGAAUUGGGGCUUUGGGAAUGGGGGGGCCUGGGAAGGAGGGGACCCUCUGGACGAGGCCGGUGCAUCCGUGUGGGAAAAGGGUUUGGAAAGGGCAUCCUGGGGGGAAAAGGGAGCAGCUCCAGCUUCCUCCCAGAUAUUUCUCAUCCCUCUGGAGCCUCUCCCUCCAUCCUCUGAUCCUGGAAUGUCUGACCCUGGAAGCCACACGGGAAAUCGGGGAAAAACAGGGAUGCAGGGAUGGAGCGGAGCACAGCGCGGGUUUUCCCUGGAUUCCCCGCAGGGAUGCGGGGCUGCAGGAGGAGGCGGCUCACGGCCCCCGAGUGCGCGGCCCUGGCCCAGAGCGCCCCGGGCUCGGCCCCGCUGCGCCAGCCCCUGUGCCAGGGAGGAGGAGGAGGGACAGCCCGGGGCCUUCAUCCCGCCCGCGGGACACCCAGACACCGCGGAGCACCAGGCCGGCAGAGGAAAAUCUCGGAUUUCUUCGGGAUCGCCAAGGCACCACAAGUGGGACCUGCUGGGAUGCCCAGCUGUGGGAUCAAGGAAGAGCCCCUGGAUCCCUUCUUCCCUGGACCUCCUGACUCCUUCAGCAGCCCCUCCCUUUCCCAGCAUUCCCAGGACUUGGUGCCACCUCCCAUGGGACAUUCCAGCAAAAGAGGAAUUCCCAAAGCAGAGCAGGAUCUCUGGGAGGAACCUGAGGAGAAAAUUCCAGCGCUCAGUGGGGUCAAGCAGGAAUGGGAAGAGCUGGAAGUGGAGCCCCUUCCCGAUUCCCACUACGGGCUCCUGGGCACUCGGAGCUGGCAGGUUCCUCAGGGAUCCAUGAAUGAUCUUCCUCCUGAAAUCCUCAGGAAUAUUUUUGCUUUCCUGCCAGUGCUGGAUCUGUACCAGAGCCUGAGCCUGGUGUGUCGCUGCUGGAGGGAGAUAAUCCAGGAUCCACAGUUCAUCCCUUGGAAGAAGCUCCACCAGCAGUACGUGCAGAGGGAGGGCUCAGCCCUGCACAGGCUGCAGCAGAUCCUGCAGCAGUUCUCCAUAAGCAGGGAGCAGCAGGGCUGCGUGCUGGGGCUGCUCAGGUUGGUGUCAUCCACGGGAGCCAAGGUGGAUCCCAGCGCGCUUCUCCGGGUUUUGGGGAGUCACCCCCUCUUCCCAAAGGCUCAAAUCUGUGUCCUCAACAAAUUCCCAGAUUUCAAGAGCAACCAUGGGCCUGAGAAGAUGUGGGCCAUCUUUGCUGUCAUGGUGCUGUUCUCUGAUGGUGUUGGUGACAUCCAGAGGCUGCUGGAGCGUGUCCGGAGCCCGCGCUCGGGGCUGGCCGUGCUGGAGGUCACCGAGGUGCUGCACUGCAUGGCCACGCUGCUCCUGGCCAUGAGGGACCAGGGCAUUCCCAUCUCCAACAGGAUUCACUACAAUAUUUUCUACUGUUUAUAUCUGAUGGAAAAUGCCUCUGGAGUUGUGCAGCCCCUGGAAGAGGGAAGAAUGGAUUUGUGUCCCAGUGGAUGGGCUGAUGUCAAACUGACCCAUGAGCAGCAGAGGAUUUUGAGUCACAAAAUUGAGCCUGGCCAAACAGUGAAAAUAAUGGCAUUUGCAGGCACAGGGAAAACCUCAACCUUGGUCAAGUACGCGGAGAAAUUCUCAGAGCUGAAGUUCCUUUACCUGACUUUUAACAAAGCUGUAGCAGAGAAGGGGAAAAAGGUUUUCCCAAGGAAUGUCACCUGCAAGACCUUCCACUCCUUGGCCUUUGGGAGCAUUGGGAGACACUACAAAGAGAAAGGCAAGCUGAACUUCUCCAAGCUGUCCGUUUAUUCCAUCAGCUUCCUCCUGCGGAACAGGGAGGGCCAGUCCCUGUUUGUGAGAGGGAAAACAGUGUCCCAAACCUUGGAAAACUUCUUCUCCUCCUCAGAUGAGGAGAUCUGUGAGGAGCACACGCCCCUGUGGUUCAAAAACACUCAUGGGCAGAUGCAGCAAGUGAGCAGAGAGGAGAAGAGAAUCAACGUGGAAGAGGCCAAAGAGAUUUGGCACAACAUGAAGAAGCUGGAUGGAGACGCAGAGAAGAAAUACAACAUGACUUGUGAUGGAUAUUUGAAACUUUGGCAGCUCAGCAAGCCCCAGCUCUCGGGAUACGAUGCCAUUUUUGUGGAUGAAGCCCAGGACUGCACUCCAGCCAUCGUGGAUAUCGUGCAAUCCCAAAGAUGUGGGAAGAUCCUGGUGGGAGACCCCCACCAGCAGAUCUACACCUUCCGAGGCGCCGUCAACACCCUGUACCUGGUGCCUCACACCCACGUGUACUACCUGACCCAGAGUUUCAGGUUCGGCCCCGAGAUCGCCUACGUGGGAGCCACGAUCCUGGAUGUGUGCAAGGGGAUCCGCAGCAGAACCCUGCUGGGAGGAGACCAGAGGGGGGACGUGAGGGGAGGCCGGGAGGGGAAGGUGGCGCUGCUGUCCCGGAGCAACUGGAACGUGUUUGAGGACGCCGUGGAAUUCUCUGGGAGGAACCCCCCGGCCAAAUUCCACAUCAUUGGGGGAUUGGAGAGAUUUGGCCUGAGCAGAAUUUAUGACAUUUGGAAGCUCAGCCUGCCUGCAGAUGUCAGGAAAAACUCGAGGCUGGCGAUCGAGGACGCCUUGGUGCGGCGCUGGGAGGGCGCCGGGGGGCUGCCGGCGCUCCGGGAGUUCGCGGCGCGCGCCGACGACCGCGACCUGCAGGGCAAGAUCGGCCUCGUGGACAGGUACAGCCACAGCAUCCCCGCGCUGGUGGGCAGGAUCCGGGACAGCCACGUGUGCCACGAGGCCCUGGCAGAUUUUCUCAUCGGGACCGUGCACCAAGCCAAGGGCCUGGAAUUCGACACCGUCUGCGUGGCAGAUGAUUUUGUGCAAAUCCCUUCUGUCACUGGGGACUUCCUGAGGAGGAUGAGCACGGCUCUUGCCAGGACCCCUCAGGACGAGUGGAACCUGCUCUACGUGGCCGUGACCAGAGCCAAGAAGUGCCUGCUGAUGUCCAAAUCCCUGGAAAACCUUUUAGCUCUGGCUGGAGAGCGAUUCCUCCGGGUGGAGCUGCUGAGUGAGGCUGGCAAGGACAAGGAUGGAGCUCCUGUUGUUUGCUGUGUGUCAGGAUGUGCAAAACCCCUGGAGAUCAGCUCCGGGCUGGUGGUGAAGAAGCUCCCGUUGACUCACAGCGACGGCAGCCGGGAUCCAGGGGGAUUCCUUUGCCAGGCUUGCACCUGGCUGUUCUUCGGCUCCCUGACUCCUCUCACCUCUUUCCCAACGAUCCAGCAGGAGCCCAUCCAGCUCUGACAAAGCCCUCCAGCUUCCCAGAGCUGUCCUGGAUGUGGGACAAAUCCUCUUGGCACAUCCCAGCUCGAAAAUCAAGUGGAUGUUGGAGCAGAUUUCAGCCCAGCUCCAAAUUCCAGGCGGAUGUUGGAGCAGGAUUUCAGCCUGGCUCCACAUUUCAGGUGGAUGUUGGAGCAGGAUUUCAGCCCAGCUCCAAAUUCCAGGCAGAUGUUGGAGCAGGAUGUUCCCAGUUCUAAAUUCCAGGUGGAUGUUGGAGCAGAUUUCAGCCCAGCUCCAAAUUCCAGGGGGAUGUUGGAGCAGAUUUCAGCCCAGCUCCAAAUUCCAGGUGGAUGUUGGAGCAGAUUUCAGCCUGGCUCCAAAUUCCAGGGGGAUGUUGGAGCAGGAUGUUCCCAGCUCCAGAAGAACUUCAGACUCCCUGGGGACAAUGUGAUGCCUUUCCUCCAGCCCUGCCUCAUCCUCCAGGAGCUGGGAGUGGGAUCUCCAGAGGAAUCUGCACUUUAGGAAUGGAUCAGACAGAGCAGGGUUCAUUUUGGAACUCUUCCUCCUGUCACCAGUGUCCAAAUUUCCUGAACAUCUCAUAAUUCCUGGAAAUCCCUCUGACCCUCUGGAAGCAGAGGAAACACAACACUGGAAAGUAUCCAAAGAAGAUUUAUUUCUUUAAAUGAACUGUUCCUGUCUAGCUGUGGGAGGAAAUAAUAAAUCUCUCCCAGUGAAUUCAUUUUCCAUCUUUGCAGCUGAGAGGUUUCCCUGAAUUCUUUCCCCUCUCCCUGCAGCCAACCAGGAAGAAAAAAAUGAGGCAGCAGCAGAAAAAUUCCUUUGGUUUGGUUCCAGCCAAACUCAGGGACAAACUGGAGAGGGAUUUCCAAUCCUAGAAUUAAAUGUGUAGCCAAAAAAA